AUGGAAUCACAACCCUGACGCCCACAAGUAAGGUAGGACACGAGUAAGCCAAGAUAAAUAUUGGAUAUGCACCCCGUCAAAAUUCCACGUCGAUGACGGACAGACAAGUUUCCGUGCGGCUCGUUGUCGAAGAUGCAUCUCCCAGAAGUUUUCCUCCUUCUAUUGGCCUGCUCUUCUGCUUUAGCCUCUGAAUGCACACCCGAAGUCUUCUCCAAUAUCCUCGCUCACAAUGAAGCGGCUUCGGUCAGCUAUGCUGGUACUGUAGCUAAGGGAGGAAGCUUCGGUAUACCGUCGCUUGCCUAUCCGGCAAAUGCGACAAACUUGCCGGCCCUUUGUGCGGUGACCAUCUGCGUCAAAUCUUCGGCCAACUCAUCCUUCAGCUUUGGACUCUUCUUGCCCGACACUACAUGGAAUGAGAGGUUUUUGGCCACCGGCAAUGGCGGUUCUGGCGGUGGAAUCAACUGGCCCGAUAUGGGAACAUUCUCGCAGUAUGGGUUUGCCACGAUGUCGACAGACACUGGCCACAACUCAACUGUGAUUGAUUCAUCCUGGGCUCUGAACGCCCCAGACGCGAUCAUUGACUGGGGCUGGCGAGCAAUGCAUGGCUCUGUCAUGGUGGCCAAGUCAGUCAUUGACGCUUAUUACGAUGACUUCAGUGCCAUCAAAUACUCCUAUUAUGCGAGUUGUUCCACGGGUGGCCGGCAGGGCAUGAAAGAAAUCCAACUAUAUCCCGACUCAUUUGACGGAGUGGUUAUUGGAGCUCCCUCCUGGUGGACCACUCAUAUCAGCCCCAUGACAUUGAAACAGGGACUGUACAACUACCCGAACUCCAGCUCCAAGUACAUUGGUAUAGACUUGUUCCCCGCAAUCCUGAAAGAGAUCACAAAGCAGUGUGAUCCACAAGACGGCGUCAUCGAUGGCAUCAUCAGCGAUCCAUCCCGCUGCAACUUCAACUACGAGUCUUUACUAUGCACUCCAGCCAGCCGUGCCGCAUGCCUCAACCCCGCCCAGCUGACGACCAUUAAACAAUUCUAUAGUGACUACGUCGACGUGAAUCAGACUUUCGUCUACCCCGCCAUUUCCCUGGGAGGCGAUCCGACCCUGCUCCUCGCCGGUUUGGGCAGCGCAUUCGGAUACCAAUACUUCAAGUACCAAAUCUACAACGACACGAAGUGGGACUUCACCCAGUUCUCCUACGCUGACGUCCAGAAAGCCGACGAGCUCGACCCGGGCCAGGCUACGGCCGACGACUUCGACUUGUCUCCAUUCAAGCAACAAGGCGGCAAGCUUCUGAUGUACCACGGCACUGCAGAUAACCUCGUUCCAACGGGGGGUAGCAUUUACUACUACAACCAAGUCUACCAGGCGCUGGCGCCGAAAGGGGUCAACCUUGACGACUUCUUCCGCUUCUUCCUCAUCCCGGGCAUGAGCCAUUGCCUUGGCUCUGCCGUAGCGCCGUGGUACAUCGGUGCGUCCAGCCAGGUGCCGAGCGGGACGACGCACUCCGUACCGGGGUUCAUGGAUGCGAAUCAUGACAUUAUUCUGGCCAUGAUGCGGUGGGUUGAAGAGGGACGAGCGCCGAACCAGCUCAUUGCGACGAAGUUUAACGAGCGGCCACGAGUGGAAGUAGGAAAUCACGAAUUGACAUGCCUGAGCCAGGAAACUAGCAAGGCGGCACUGCGCUCCUUGAAAUCGUUCUUCGAAUAUGAAAUCAGGAAAGAGAUGGAUAAGCUGAAAAGACCGGCCGAAGAACAAAAGAAGGCCGAUCAGUACACGAAGGCGAGACGAUUGUUCUGGGCAGCGGCUUGA